CUUCCUGAUCCUUCCCUUCCCGUGGACCAGACCAGAGUUUUCAUUCCCUGCCACUGUGUUCCGUUUCUUUCUCAAAUAAAUUCACUAUAUUUUCACCCACCGUAUCCUAGUGUUGUGUUCUGCAUAUGGGCUAGAAUCAAAUCCUCCCAAUAUGACAGAACACUCAGGCCAACCACUCAGCCCCGCAGACGCAAUACGGAAAACGCUGACAGAGCAGCAGUCUGUAAUCCAAACACACGAGUCUGCAAUACGACAACUCCACACCCUACAAACAGAAACCAACCAGCGUCUGGCAGAUCUAACAACUUUCCUUCAAAACUCUCUACCGCAGAUCCCGGCUACAGCUCCUGCUCCCUCUCCCGCUCCGGCUCCGGCACCCUCAGUUCAGCCCGUGUUUUCCGACGUCCGACUUCCUGGGCCGGAGAGAUUUUCAGGCUUAUCGCCAUUCGAAGCAUCCAUUGGCUACCAACCACCCCUGUUGCCGUCCGAUGAGGAAGACAUCUCAGUCACUUCUGUCCGUCACCACAUCCGUCGCUGCCACAAGGUUUGGAAUUCCACCAUCCACAAUCUUAACCUCACCACAGAACAAAUCAAGCGGCAGGCGGAUCGUAAGAGGCGUCCUGCCCCUGUUUACUCACCCGGUCAACAAGUCUGGUUGUCGUCCCAGGACAUCCCGCUCAAAUCUGUGUCUAAGAAGCUCUCUCCCCGUUACAUUGGCCCUUUUGAAAUUGAAACGAUAAUCAACCCAUCCGCUGUUCGCCUCCGUCUACCCACUUCCCUCCGCGUCCAUCCCACCUUCCACGUCUCUCGGAUAAAGCCCGUCCGGACCAGCCCGCUCUGCCCUCCAGCCGAACCCCCUCCGCCUCCCCGUGACAUUGCUGGUCAUCCCGCCUAUUCCGUCCGCCGGAUCGUGGACUCCCGUCGACGAGGUCGGGGUUGGCAAUAUCUUGUUGACUGGGAGGGCUACGGUCCGGAGGACCGUUCUUGGGUUCCGGGUUCAUUCAUAUUGGACCCGUCACUUGUCUCGGAUUAUCGUGCGUCGCUUCCCUCCAGCUCGUCUAGGCCGCCAGGUGGCGGCCAUUAGGGGGGGGUACUGUCAGGAUCCAGGGUUGUUAGGUUCUCGCUGUAGGGGUUUGGGUGCAUGCACCACCUUUGUUUCCUCACCAGAUGGCACCAUCAGUUUGACGGAGGGCGUGGAUGACGUCAUCUCCCACACCGGCCUCGGAUUAGCUCAUCAGCGACAGGUUUUGAGGAGCGGUCUACCAGUCCUUCGGCGCCUGAGUGUUGCCCAGUUUUGUCUCCCCUUGGAUUUCCUCGACUGGAAGACGCGCCGUUUCUCGCUCCUCGCGGAUCCCGAGCCUACCUGUCUGCCCUCCAGCGCGCACACGCCCCACCCAAACCCCCAGAGAGACCGGACCCUGGACCCAGCAGCCACCCGCCGCUAGCUUUUCACUGCGCUGCUCAAGUAAGAUCUGUCCAGUGUUAUCGACACUCCACUUUCCCACAGCCUUCGAACUCA